UCUACUAAAAAUACGAAAAAUGUUAUUUUCAAUUUUAUCUCAAAUUGAAGUAAUCAAGAUAAACUAAAAUAUUUUCUUCUUUAAUAAAGUUAAUUUAUAAAUUAAUAUAUUUUAAAAUGCCAGAGGAAACUGAACAGUAUUGUCAUGUAAAUAGAAACAAAGUAAAAGAGUCGAAAAAUAAUGGCAGUCGUUUUUGGCAAUUUGUUUGUGCUAUUUGCGCUUGCAUAUCAAUGGUGGGUUGGGGAGGAUGCCAAGCAUGGACAUCGCCAUCAAUUCCCUUCUUGACCUCCAGCUCAUCACCCUUUCCCGUCACUGAAGAACAGGGCGCUUGGAUAGUCUCAGUCUUCUACAUCGGCGAUCUUUUUGGCGCCUUUCUCAAUCCCUUCUUCAUCGAUCGUAUCGGACGCAAAAAGACUCUAAUUCUAUUCGCAUUUCCAGGUCUAAUUGGUUGGCUAGUGGUUAUUUUCGCCAAAAAUUAUCUCUAUCUAUUUGUGGCGAGAAUAAUCAUCGGUAUUGGACAAGGUAGUACCUACAAUUCCCUAGUGAUAUAUUUGUCAGAAAUAUCCGAAAAGAGAAUUCGGGGAAUUUUGAUAAACCUAAUUCCAACAUCAAACUUUAUUGGUCUCUUUGUUUGUACGUCAGUUGCAGCAUUUACAUCGUAUGAAUUUUUGAAUAUUUUCUCAGCCUCUUUGCUUAUUAUUUUCAUCGCCACCACUCCACUACUGAUGGAGACACCAUAUUAUUAUUUACUGCGCGGACAACACGAGAGUGCAGUGCAAAAUUUAAUGAAACUUCGAGGAGUCAAUGAUGCAAGGGAAUUGGAUUUAGAAAUCAGAGAAAUGACUCUGACAAUAAGAGAUCGAAAGUUAAACUCAUGGCGUGAAUUAUUAGUCAAGAAGUCUAAUCGCAAGGGACUUAUGAUCAUGUCCUGUAUAAAAUUGACCCAGAUGAUGACGGGGAUUGGUCCUAUUUCUGCCUAUGCUCAGGAAAUUUUUACCUAUACGGAUAUAGCCAUCAGUGCUGGUAUUCAAGUAAUGAUGUUCAAUGGAAUAUCAAUGUUUGCAUCCCUAACGACUAAUGCAGUAAUUGAUCGAUUUAGAAGAAGAACACUCUUUCUAUCUACAGCAUUAAUAAGUUCUUUCUGUCUGGCAAGUGUGGGUACUGUUUUCUUUAUGACCCUCCAUCUUCAAACCGAAACAACAUUCAUCAAGUGGAUUCCAUUGGUGUCAUUGGUUAUCUUUCAAGUAGCCCAUGUAGUUGGAAUUGGUACCGUUCCCUAUAUUAUUCAAGGAGAAAUUUUCCCUAUCAAUGUGAAGGGUUCUGCCGUUUCUUGUGGAAUGGUUAUGGGAUCGGUUUUAAUUUUCAUCACUUCGGCUGGUUACAAGUUUCUAAGUAUUCUUGCCGGGGUUUAUACGACUUUUUGGGUUUUCGCCGCAUCAUGCUUCGUAUUGUCAAUUUUCACCUUCUUUGUUAUGCCGGAAACAAAGGGCAUGACCCUCGAGGAUAUUUUGGCCAAAAGAGAUCCGGAAAUUAGAAAUAAACUCGAAGCCGAAAGAAGAAGGUGCUAGGGGGAA